UGCUGCUCGGUGAACUUUUAAUUUGUCUCCGAGUUGGCGCAGCAGCACUGCAACCGGAACUGUAGUAUGUUGAGCUUGUGGUAGCCUUGAGGAGACAUGGGGGUGAAAAUAGAAAUAUUUCGGAUGAUGCUCUAUCUGUCCUUCCCAGUGACGAUGUUCUGGAUAUCCAACCAAGCGGAGUACUUUGAGGAGUACAUUGUGAAGAGAAAGAGGGAGAUCUUUCCACCAGAUGAGAAAAUGCAUAGACAAGAGCUUGAGGAGUUUAAGGAGCGCAUGAGAAGUCGAAAGGAGCAGAAGAUGCUGAAGGCUCUGGGCAUGGAAUCAGAAAACUCAUUAGAAAAGGAGUGAUGUCUCCGAUCCCCAAACAGAAGGGGCCAAGUGGCUAAGCUAAUGGUACAACAGGAGACCAUGACAAGCUUGGGUUUGGCACUUUAGUCGAGGGUCAUAUAUUAUGGAGAGUUGAGUGCACCUUUGAAAAAUCACAGCAAAUGUGCAGUUUUAUAAGUAUAAAUGCUGUCAAACUCCAAACAAUACUAUUUGUUUCUUUGUAAAGCGUAACAUUCAGAAUACAAAUGAAGAACACUGGCUUUGUUGUUGCUGGAUAGUAUAUAUGUAUUUAUUUUUUUAUUAAAUCAGAAUGGGUGAAUUGAUUUUCAUAUUAACGUGUUUCAUUAAACUUUGAUUUUGUCAUCAUUAA